AUGCUGCGGCCCAGAUUGAGAAUACCACGGGUAGGGAGCCUGCUACGGCAGCAGCCGCUUGCAUUCUCCCGCGCAGCUCAUUACGUCCCUCGUCUCGACCAGUUUCAUCCCGAGGAAGGCGUGCCGGGGCUGUUGUCUCCCCAGGCCUACGACAUAGCAUGGACGAAGUAUAUGGACCACGUAAUUGAGAAGCUUGGAGAUUUGACUGCAGGUACGGAAUACGAACAGUUCGACACCAAGACCAUCCUCCAGAACACCGCGCGCGAGGCCCAUCUAGCACCCCUCUUCAACUACGCCUCCAUGGCGCACAACAACACGCUCUUCUUCCAGAACCUGCUGAACCUGCGCGCCUGGGAAGCGCAGAAGCAGUCCGAGGGGGGCAACCCGGCCGAGAUGACCUACAAGGAGCGCAUCCCGGGCCAGCUGCGCAACCAGCUCGAGCAAAACUUCAGCUCGGUCGAGACGCUGCGCCGCGAGCUCCUCAGCACGGCGCUGGGCAUGUUCGGCCCCGGGUUCGUCUGGCUGGUCAAGAACGACCGGUCGAGCGAGUACCGCAUCCUGACGACGUACCUGGCCGGCACGCCCUACACGGCCGGCCACUGGCGCCGCCAGGGCGUCGACAUGAACACCUCGAGCGGCGACGUCGACACCGUGAAGGGGUACCACGAGCGCCAGCAGACGGGCGCCGGCGCCGACAACGGGGCCAGGUUCACGCGCGCGCCGGGCGGCACCGACGUCAUCCCCGUGCUGUGCCUGAACACCUGGGAGCACGUGUGGCUGCCCGACAACGGCUUCGAGCUGGGCGGCGUUGGGGGCAAGAGGAUGUACGUCGAGAAGUGGUGGGACUGUAUCGAUUGGCACAAGGUGAACGGGUUGGCGAACGGGGCCGGACAUGACAAGUUCAAAUCCUGA